CGAUGUUUAGCUUAAAGUUUAUGAGCAAAUGAUUUGGAUGUACCAUGAUACGUAUUCAAGGAAUUCAUUAUAACAUAUAUCUACUCCAUCUGAUAUAAGCAAUUAACAGCAGUAAGGUACAUGUAACACUCUCGUCAUGAUGCCUUAUAAUCCCGGGUCAGCUGCUGCACCAGGGUCAAGUUCACAUACAAAACGACGAAAAAAGCGACCCAUCCAUGGAACCAAGACUGUGUCGGUGACGAGGGGACGAUCUGGCUAUGGGUUUACCAUAUCAGGACAACACCCCUGUGUUUUAAGCUGUAUUGUCGGUGGUAGUAAAGCAGAGGAAGCAGGACUUAAAGCUGGCGACUACCUGGUGUCCGUGAACAGUGAAAAUGUCACUAAGGCUCCUCAUGAUGAUGUGGUUCGAAUGGUUGGCAUGUCCACUGGGACCCUAAUAUUACAAGUUGCAGAGAAUUAUAACAGUUCUGAUUCUUCUGAUGAUGAGUAUCACCACAGGACGAAAGCACGGUACCCAAACCGUGUUAGGACAAGAGCCCCUGGAGGAGGCAGCAGUCGUCAUGGUGAUAAGGUGUUGGGGGAAUGUAACCAACGAGACAAACACAGUUCAGGGCAUGACCAUAGACAUAAUAAGGACAAUCAUCUCCAUAGAUACGAUCACUCCGAUUUUAAAUUCACAUCUGCCAUUAAGCCACGACUUCAUACACCAGUUGGUGCGGAGAAUACAUACGCAGCACUGACAAACCACAGUACGCCACAAUUGGCGGGGGCGAUGUCUGUCGAUAGACACAGUACUGUAGCUUCUGUUCAUGCAACUCCUGCCUUCAACUUCCAAGCCAAGCAAGCAAUUGUGAAAAGCACCACACAGAGUGCGCGUGAACCGAGACAGAGACCUGUGGGUAGUCGUCAUAACAACCACUCUCGCCACACAAAAGACCACACCCAUUUUAACACGUCACUUGCAGGUGCUAGCAUAAGUGCCAUCAUGAAGACUUCUGUUACGAACACGACUGCCAACAAUGCUUUCAUCGCCAUGGAGGAUGAGGACGAGGAUGGCGAUGAUGAAGAAAGUUUGCUCAGUGCUGGUACGGAGGAAAUGCGAGUUGUUGUGGGAUACAUCGGGUCAAUAGAAAUGCCAAGUGAUGCAAACAAACCUCAUAUAAAAAUUCAGUCGAUACGCAACGCUGUGAGGAGGCUACGUGUAGAACAAAAAAUUCACACAUUGGUAUUAAUGGAGGUCACAGAGGACGGGGUCAAACUUACCAAUAGUAUGGGAACCACAGUGGCUCACUACCCUGCCGACAGACUGACCUUCAGUGGCAUAUCUCCUGAUGACAAAAGGUUCUUUGGCAUCGUAACGUUACACAGUACGAACAGUGAUGAUGCCAGUAGUGACAACGGUAGUCAGGAAGAAUCAACUCCAAGUGGAUCAUGUCACGUGUUCAUGGUUGACCCGGAAAUGAGGUCACACAACAUGCAUGCUGCCAAGGCUAAGAGUUUUGGGAUUACAUGUACAAGUGGUAGAGAAAGACAGAGCUGUAAUGAGUUUCCUAAAUCUGCCACUCCUGUCAUUAUGGCCAUCACCAAUCUAUACAAAAACCGACCUGGUGUUGUUCUUGACAAUGAAGUGGCACUCUCUCAGGCAUUUGCUGACCCUUCAAGGGCUGUUCAGCGUAGUCAUAGCAACAGUAGCAAUAGUGACAGUGGUCUUGGGUUCGGCCGAGAUGAUACACCGAAUAACAAUAAUGUUUAUGUGGUGGAUAUGCCACCUCCUGCAGGACCACCACCUACACCACAGCCAACCGUACACAAUGGCAUGCAUGCCCACAAACACCACUGUUCCCCUGACAACCUGACAAUACCUACCCCCAUACGUGACACUCGUAACAUGUUCACACACCCAGAUAUUCGGGCUCGUCUCAAUGUGUCUGUGUGUAGUACAGAUGAUUUACAAUUGAUGAAAACAAAUUCAAGUGAUAAAUUGAAUAUUAGAGCCAUGCCCGACCCGACCUUGACCCCAGGAACCAGAACUCUUUCCAGUGAUGGCCUUGAAAUGCAGAACAGUGCAGCUAGUUUGAGAGCUAGUACACACAAGAUAUUCAAGGCUCAGAGACCACACAUACCCAGUCAAGGGGUAGGUAGUGACCAGGAAUCAUCAGCGUCUCAGGGAAGCGAGAUAUACAGGUCAGCAUCGAACCCUGACCUUUACCGACCUUCAGGGCAACUUAGACCCACCUCUGCACCGAGUAAACAGUUCUGGGAUGAUAGUUUCAAUGGGGAGUCUCAAAACAAAGCAGAAACCGUUGAUCUGGAUGGUAAAAAGUUGAGUCCAAGGGCCUUUCUUCCACCUCCAUUUCAUCAGCUACGGUCUCCCUCAGCCCCACCCACUUUUAAUCAUUCCUUUGACAUGGAGGAUGGACUUGCCAACACAAGUGGCAUGGGCAGUCUUAUCGAGCAAAUCGAGCAGAACCACGCUCUCCGAAUAUCGUCCCCAGUUGAAGAUGCUAGGAAGUAUGACGUCAAGGCUAAAAGAAAAGCGAGAGAAAAGGAACGGACAACUGUAGAUGAUGGAGGAGAAAGAUGGGCAAAACCGCACAACAUUCGGCACCGCAAGAUGUCUCGGUUACAGCAACCCCUCAGUCAUUCUCACGAGUCUCUGGUGACCAUAGAACAGGAUGUUACAACCCGACAAUUGUCAACAGCCAGCAGUGCUAACAACAUCAACGACCAUCUAGAGGAAGAUGAGAAAGAAGAAGAGGAAAUUGGGAGGAUUGCAGGGUGGGCUGUCGGUUUUGAGAAAAUGUUAAAUGAUGUUGGAGGAUUGGCUGUUUUCACAGAAUUCCUAAAGAAAGAAUUCAGUGAAGAGAAUAUCAUAUUCUGGAGAAUUUGUGAGCAGUACAAAAGUGUAUCUGACAACGACAAGCGCAAAGUAAAGGCCAAGGAAAUCUUUACAAAGCAUAUAUCUGUGAAAGCUUCUGAUCCGGUGAAUAUUGACCAUGUUGCUCGGCAACAGGUAGAGAAACAGCUUGAUCAUCCCAGCAGCAGUACAUUCGACAAACCACAACAAGAGAUUUUUAAGCUGAUGAAACAGGACAGUUACCCACGAUUCCUCAAAUCAGAACUGUACAAGACAUACUUGAUGAGAGAGAUGGGAGGUGAACCGUUGGGCCUACCUAAAGAUGACUUUCAGGGUAUCCUGGGUGCUAAGGAGCUGAAGGAGGAAAAGAAAAAGGCAGCAAAGAGCAAGGAUAACGAAGAUAAGGAAAAACGGAGACGGUCUCUGUUACCAUGGAGACAAAAGAGCAGCAAAAAUAACCUGAAAGCCACAUCAGAUUCUGAUCUGAAGAAAAACAGCAGCAAAACAACUCAUUCAACGUCAUCUACAAAAGAAUCAGAAGUAAACAACAACACGACAGGCACACAGAAGAAGGCAGCACCUGGACCGGGGAUAGAUCUCAGUACGAUACGCAAGGAAGUUCAGGCCAGUACUAAAGAGUCCAAGGAAGAUAAGGAAACUGAAGAGAACUUUAAAUUCUGUCGUGUGAUUUUACCGGACGGAUCAACGACUGUGGUGUGUGCAAAACCAGGUCAGCGUAUCCGGUCUGUUCUGGGCAAGCUUUGUGACAAACGAAGCCUUUCCAUAGCUGCGGUUGAUGUGUUCCUUUUGGGCUCCGACAAGCCCCUUGACCUCUCAGAAGACAUAUCAACGUUAGGGUCACGAGAGGUCAUGAUUGAGAGACGUGUGUUGUUCCGUAUGGAUUUACCCAACAGAAAGUCUAUAGGGGUGAAGGCCAAACCUAACAGAUCCAUCAGAGAUGUAUUCAAACCUAUACUCAACAAGUAUGGCUUCAAGCUCGACGGUAUAUGUGUUGAGUUGUCUGGUCAGCCGGGGAUGGUUGAUAUUGAUGCCCAGGUGUCCACCAUAGAUAACCAAAGAGUGCUCAUCAAACAUCACGAGGAAUGCAUAGCCAUCAGUAGAAAUGAGGGGUUUCGGUCUAAACGGACACAGCUAGUGGUUAAAUAUCCCCCUGAUUUCCAUGUAAACUCCAGUCAAGAAAGCACCUCUCUUGAUGUGAUCACAAAUCAAAUAUUUGAGGAUUUAAUGAGGGGAAAAUCUGAGGUGGCUCAUAACUUUGAUGAACUUGGAAUUCUAGAUCCUGAGAAGUCUCCACAGGUUCAGCGGAAAGGCAGCGGCGAUCAUCGCUCUUUGGGUUUAUUUGGCCUCCUGAGAAAAGAGUCUCAGGGAGGAAAGGUAGCGGAGAUGCCAAAAGUGAAGGGCAAGCACAAAGUUACGUUUAAUCUGCAGAAGAACCAAACGCGUAAAGCCGCAGCCCGUGAUGAUGAUCAGUUUUUGGACCUGCUGUCCAAAGUCCAAAGUGGUCGACUUGAUGACCAAAGAGGACUGGAAACACAGAAUUCAGAAAUACCAGAAUUCUUGCAGAAUAAAUCCCAUCAUCCCUCAGGGCGGGAAAGUGCCCCGCCUGUUCUUUCUGGAGGUCGAGCCAGAGCAGACGACUACAUAAAAAACAACCAUGAAAAGUAUGUGUCUUAUACGCGAGGGCAGAUGACGGCUCGACCUUCGUCAGUGUCGCUGGACUCCAUGACCUUUGACCGACGCAACAGUAAGACAGACAAGGACAAGUUUGAGAGUGGAGACUUUGAUUCGUGUAAUAUAGAUUCACCUGGAAAUGCUGUCCAGCACGGGAAUCAAAGUUUUAGCUCGGAUGGUGUGAUUCCUUCCAAUGCAGAAGCACAGGAAUUUUUCCAAGCCCCCGUCCCAGACUGUGCAGAUUUUGAUGAUCCUUGUAUGGCGGAAAAAAGUCUACGGGACAUUGGAUUUGACUAUAGUUUUAAUAUGUACCAGGCAAAGGCCUGGGGCUAUUCGCGUCACAAUCCAUACGCCCAACAGAAAUUAUCGUCACUGGGAAAUGAAACGCCCACUAAUGAGGAUUCAGCUUUUCUUGACGAGACCCUCACCCCAAAUGACCCUGACUUUGACAACACAUUAAUAAGUUCACCUGUUCAAGGUCACAUAAGGUCUUUAUCAGUGCCAGUGUCACUUCAUUCCCCAGCAAGCAAAGGUGGCAAGUCGAGAGAAAAUGGACUCGUUCAAACAAGUACGCCUCUCACAUCGAAAUCGGACAUAGUGCAAAAAAUCACCCCACUCUCGCAAAAAUCCGAGAUAAGAAAUGGAAUCGGGGAUCUAAUGUCAGGCAAAACUUACAGCUCAGGUGUAGGUCAUAGUUCAGCAUUCCACCAACCCACCACGCAAAUAACGUCACCACAGUCCGACAAUAAACCAGUCGUCAUAGACCUAGGCGAUUCGGAAACGAACAUUACAUUUGUGUGAAUAAUUGUUUACCCUGUAAGUCACUGUUCAUUCAAGGGGUGCAAUUUCAGCAACUAUGAAAUGUAAUUUUCUCAAAGUCUUUAUUUUCGUUACUUUCUAUUUUUCAUCUUAAAGAGUAAAGCUUUAAUCAAGAAAAUAACUUCAUUAAUGUAAAUAUAUUUAUGUAUAUAGAUAUACAGAUAUAUUAAUUUCAGGAAAAAAUGUCUCAGUGCUAUUUAGCCAAGGAAUACAGAAGUAUUGGAUUGUUUAUAUAUUUUUGUAAAAGUUUGUGCAAGUUGAAAUUUGGAUCAACUUUUGUUUAUCUGGAAAUAUUUUGUGAAUUAAACAGAAAAAAAUACUACCAUUCCAGUAUAUCUCCACACAACCUUAAGUUUAACAUUUGAAUAAGAAGAGAAUGAUAUGACUGAAGUCAACUUUGCAGUAUAUUACUGACCUGUAUAAAUUUAUUUAUAAUGUAAUGUUCUCAUGUGGGCUCUAGUUUGAAUAACCAAGUUAAAUGUGUAAAUAUAAGGGACAUUGUGAAUACAAUAUUGGUAUAUCUUAUAUUCUCAUUAACGUGAUGCCCUCAAUCCUGAACUGCAUGGGGAAAUGUGAAAUUUUCAUUUCUAUUGACAGUAUUGUGGGAGAUAUUUCAAGAAUUGCAGAUUAAAAAAAUGCUUUAAAAACAAUGAGGGGAACGUUUCAAAAACUGCAAGGUAUUGUGGUAGAUGUUUGAAAAACUCAGUAAGUUAUUGUGGGAAAAUUACAAAAGUUGAGGAAUUGUGGGAAAUAUUUGAAAAACUGUAAAGGUAUUAUGGAAGAUGCUUAAAAAUUACUGCAAGGCAUUGUGGAAAUAUAUAUAAAAAAAGUAAGGUAUAGUGGAAAUAUUUGAAAAAUUACACGGUAUUGAAGAAAUUAUUCAAAAAUAGAUUUAUUGUGGAAAUAUUUAAAAAUUGCAAGGUAUUGUGCAAAAUGUUUUAAAAACUGUAAGGUAUCCUGGAAAUGACUGACACCAUCUUGAAAGAGAAGAAACUGAGAGCCAAUUACUGCCUUCCUAUAUGUGUUACCAGUUCAACUCAAUUAAUGUAUGGUUUGUAAUUACACUGAUAUCGGGCUAGUAAUGCUAUAAAAUGGAAUACAUUUGUAUUAAAUGACAUAUCUUUUCAGAAUACCUUUGAGGACACAUUUUUAGUCCUUCCUUGAUUCAUGAAAUCCUAUUACAACAAUUCAUGUUCUGGUUGGAGACUCAGGCUGUUGUAACAAAAAAAAAAAACAAAAAAACUUUUCAACACAAAAGAAAAGCUCACAGUAACUUUUCAACAAUUUUCACAACUCCUAAAGCUUGGUUUUGACACCAAAUCCUGUUACAAGUUAUACAGCUUCAAGUCAAAGUCUAUAUAAACAUGAGAAACUGAUUUGAGACUCGUUCAAUGCCUCCUGUGACAUUUUCAGGUCAUCUGAGACAAAUUCUCUCGUCAUCAUUCUAAUGGCCUUUUGUUUUGACUUGCCACAUACUCCCCCAUAUGAUGUGUGUGUUGGAUUCCAGUUGUGGAACCAUUUUGUAUGUUAAAGGUGCUAAAUUUUGUAUAAAUAUUUUCAAUAUAUAAUUUUGAAAAGUUUUAUCAUUCAAGAGAAUGGAUAUGUAGUUUGAAUUAUGAAUUGGAUUGUUAAAGAUGUCUUAGAGGCGAUGUUUGUAUGUAAGCUAAUGAGAGCUAGUGAAAGUGUGUGGAAAACCGUGAGCUUAUUGACGGUUUAGAUAUACAUUGUAUAUCAAAGUGAUAUUUGAUAAUGUUGGCAAAGAAAGCUACAAGAUAGUUAAGGAUUUGAUACUUGGUUGAUGGUGGAUGAAAUUAUGAAUGUUAGUUAAAUGAUGCAAGUUUAACAUCAAUGAUAAUAUGCACAGGAGAAAAUUAGUGAGAUGAAAUUGUAAGAAGCAAGUCUCAGAUGGCAAAGCUAAUAUUGUAUGCAAAUAAGAUGGAUUCUGACAAAAAGAUUAGUAUAGAGUGCAGAUAAUUUUGAUACAGUGGAUUUGAAUGUUUAAAAUGUGAAUUAGUGAUGUUACUAUGGUAACAGUGUGUGAAGUUAUGUAAAACUGUUGUGAAUUCAUGUUAAUGUUUUAAAAUAUUUAAAUAUUUUAUUUUAUGAUGAUGAGUACUAAAUAAAAGUACAUGAUAAACA